GGGCAACUCAGAAACUUUUCCUCUGGACAAGUUUUGAUAAAUCUCCCCCCAUGCUGUUUACUGAAGAUCUGCAUCAUCCAUGCACUGGUGCCUUUACCUGUGCCCAAUUUAGUAGGCCGAUGCACAUACACUGGCAUGGAAGUCUUUGGCAGCUGUAGUUCCCAGUUAACUAUGUCAUGACUAGUCCAGUGGAGCUGUUUUACUAUUUUAUCAUUGUAGACUAGCAGAGCGCUUGCUACAUUUAAGUGAAGACCUCUUCUUCUAUGUUGCCUGCAGAUGGUUGGUGCAUGUUCUUAGCAGGCCUCUAAAGUUUCCUGCUCUAAAACUGCUGGCACAGCUUUUGAAGUUUUGGGACUGCACCCUCUCACAGAAAGCGAGAAACAUUUGUUAUCUCUAUUUCGAAAGGGAUUUUCCUUAUGCUACAAGUGUUAAAAUAACAAUGUAGCCUUAAUGAACUUUGUCUGCCAGGUUUCCCUGCCAGUAGUUCAUGUAGAUUUUUCUUUUGCAUGGAGCAGAAAAAGUCUAAAGAAAGAAGACAUGGUUCAAUGGGCAAACCUUCCCAAUCCCCAGCGUCUCCCUCCAACACCAGAACAUCACUUCUACAAAUGAAAACAAAAACCUGUAUUAGCAGCCAUAACCCUGUCAACAGUAACUCAAAGCCAUUCAAAGCGCCCAAAGACAAUCUACUUACCUCCAACAACAAGCAACACGCGGUGUUCUCUUCAAAAGUGUCAAGAGACAAACCAUGCGGUCCUGUUCCUGUAGUGAGCCUCGAGAAAAUCCCAAAUCUUGUAAAAGCAGAUGGUGCCAAUGUUAAAAUGAAUUCCUCCACUAACUCCUCUUCAGCAGCAUCUUCAGCAUCCUCCCUAGCAAAACAGUCUGUGGUCACAAAACCUGUACCCCCUUCACCGGAAAAGAUCCUCAAUGGGAAAGGAAUAUCAUCUUCAGACAAAAAGCAUCAAAAUGGUACCAAAAGUAGUAACAAGCCUUACAAACGAAUUUGUGAAAGAGAAUUUGACCCAAAUAAGCACUGUGGAGUACUGGAUCCUGAGACUAAGAAGCCGUGUACAAGGUCUCUCACAUGCAAGACACAUACACUGAACCACAGACGAGCAGUUCCAGGUCGUAAGAAACCAUUUGACAUUCUCCUAGCUGAACACAAGGCUAGAUCAAGAGAUAAAGAGGUAAUAAAAGACAAAGAUCAUCCACAGAACUCAAGAGAAACGCAUCAAAACCAGCCUGCGGCAACGCAAGAACAGUCGUCAGGGUCGUCUGCCAGCUCUGCUCCGGAACCAAAAGUGACAUCACCUGCAAAAGCCCGACCACCCAAUUCUGUCCUACCUAGACCUUCUUCUGCAAAUAGCAUGAACAGCUCAAGUUCAUCAAACCACAGUGCUUUUGUGCCAGAGCCUGCUGUACAUCCUGCCGCAGGGGAUCUGGCCAGUCGGCUUUCCAGUGAUGAAGGGGAAAUUGAAGGUGUUGAAGAGACCGAAAAAUUAGACUGUUACUACUCUGGACAUCACCCUAAACCUCUUGCGUUUUGCUCAUUCGGAAGCCGUUUGAUGGGAAGAGGGUACUAUGUGUUUGAUAGACGGUGGGAUCGGUUUCGGUUUGCAUUAAAUUCCAUGGUGGAGAAACACUUGAAUUCACAAAUGUGGAAAAAAAUUCCUCCAGCCGCAGAUAGUCCUAUGCCUUCUCCAGCAGCACAUAUGAACAGCCCUUUUCCUGCAUCUGUUCUGCAGCCCUUCAGCAGUCCUAGUUCUGUAUACCUGCCUUCCCCUCCCACCAACUCCAGAACCACCUCCUCAUAUAUAUUAUCAAAUGCGUCCUUUGUUUCAACAUCGGACACAAAUUCUGUUACAUCACACACGACAGCUUUUUCCCAUGUUGCACCCACUCUGAAUAUUCUGGACUCUACUUUCAAGGCCCCUUCUGCUGUUUCCCCUGUACCAACCACCAGUCCUUCACCAUCACAUAAGCCACCAAAAUCUAAACCUGGAAAAUCGUCAAAAGCAAAAGACCUGUCUUCACGGAGCGAUGAGCCUUCAAGUAACAAAAAGAAAAAGCCUCAGACGCCUUCUUCCACCUCUUCCUCCUCAUUACCUUUACAGACCUCCUCCUCAUCUACGUUUUCAGGGUCCCACAAGAAAAACUGCGUUUUGAACUCUAGUGCUACAAUAAACUCUUAUCAGACGACUUCUUCCUAUAAUAGUGUGUCUGUGCACAAUGCAAACAAUGGAACAAGCCCAAUCAGUGCCAAACUGGAAUCACCAGUAAGGACUUCUUUAUCUGGUAGCUCAACAGACUCUAUAAAACACAUGAGCAUGGUUGUUAGCAGUAUUGACUCGAGCCUGUCAGUGUCUUCCCUGGUGCACCAUCCUGGGGAGCACACAUUGGCAGUGCACAAUGCAGUGUCCUCACUGCCACUUCCCUUUGACAAAUCUGAAGGGAAAAAGCGUAAAAACUCUAGUGCAAGCAGUAAGGCCUGUAAAAUCACUAAAAUGCCUGGAAUGAACAGUGUUCACAAAAAGAGCACCCCCAACCUUAUAUCUUCUGUGCCAGAUACCCCAAAUAGCUCCAUGUCUCGGCAGAUGGGGAAAAGUAGCAGUGUAGCUUUGUCACAAUCUACUCCUUCAAGUACAUCAAAUCCUGUACACAACAAGCAAAAGACUUCGAAUCGUGCUGGCAGGAUAAGAACACUUCCAUGACACUGGGAGAAUAUUGGACGAUUACUUUGAGAUCUCAGCAGCCCGUCAAGCUAUUCACUUGUAGUGCGCAAGGACAAUGUCGCCUUUCAUAACUACAUGACGGAGACGUGUUAGUCUAAAGUUUACAUAACCAAACUGGGUGUUUUCGCUUUGUCACUUAGUUGGUGUAUUACUUUUCCUGUAGAAAUCCUUCUCGAUCUCAAGGGUAUUUUAGGAGAAAAGCAAAAUCUGCCUUGAAACCCUUUCUUCCUCCUCCCCAGCUUCUGCCAGUAAAAAGGUCACAUCAGCAAUGUCUGUACGUACUUAUGUUUCCUCUUUUCUUUACCACUAUGAGUUUCUUUAGAUUUGUUUUAUUACACAUCCUGCAGCAGAGAAAAUAUGGUUCUCAAUGGCAUCAUCAUAAAUGAAUCCGAAACUACAAAACCCACGUGGAUUGUCACAGAUUUCCGCUAGAGGUCUAUUUGUUUGGAAAUGUUGAAUUCACAGCAAUGUAAUGUAUAGUAGCUUACUUUGUGAUGGGAGAUGUUCUGCUACGCAGUGUUCUUCACAUUAUAAUGUUUUCUGUAAUCCAAGACAGAGUUGUGAACCAGUGUUCUUCAUUUUAUGAAGUCUUCCGCAAUUUCUUAUGUCACCAAUUCCUUGGAUAUAGUAUUAGGCAAAUAAAAAAAGCAAAAGUCAGGAAUUUAGGUAUGAGUGGGAACAGUGAUACUGGAGGCUCCAGGAGGCCGAGGGAGGUUAAGUAAAGUCUUUUUUGGUCUGUCUAAGGCAGCCUGGCCAUUUUUUGUUUGUUUAGUAAAAAACCUUUUCGCUGGACAACCCAUUUAAUAUCCCACAUACAGCAAUUUGCUACUUGUAGAACAUUCACUUGCAGAACAUCUCCCAUAUGGAUGAUCAAUUCCAGGCAAACAGCUACAGUGGUGGAAACUAACUUCACUUUUGGAACAGAAAUUCUGUUCUCAUGCUAUGAUGGUUAUACAGGUAUGAAGGAAGAGUGAGCGAACAGGUCUGGUGACAGUACUGAAACAAGCUAUUUAUUGAAAUUUCAAAUGUAGACCCUGGUCCUCAAGCCCUUUAGUAAGAAAAGGAAUGGUUUAAACAGAUUAAUAUAUUAGGAAGUUGAAUAGUGCUCCUUCCUUGGUGUAUUCUUUAUCAUUCUAGGUUAUCAUAUGUGCUGCAUAUACUAUUACAAAUAUAAGCAUCUUCAUCACCAACACAACAGAGAUCAUGAUUUAGUUAAGUGCAGACCUAGUGUAAUUUUUUUGAUUGACAUCUGUCAUGCAUCCCACUCAAAGUUUACUUAAGGCUCCAUUCACACUUUGUUAAUUGUCCAUGUCGCAGGUAUACCUUGAGAUAUUGCCAAAAAGGUGUGCUGCCUCAUAACAAAGCUGUGAAGGGCCAGGUUACUUUAAUUGGCCAAAUGUAGUUUGCUAGGGGCCAUAUUUUGGCCAUUUCUGAAUGUGUUCUUUUAUUCUUUUUGUGAGACUCAAAAUCAUAGUCGGUUUCGCUUUUGAGACCUACUAAAAAAGUAUUGAAAUGGUAAAAGAAAUCUUCAGCUCACCUCCCACUGGUCUUGCACGGAUCCUCAGCAUGGCCUGGCCUGGUACGUAUUGUAGAGAAGAAAGAUAUUCUAGAUCCAGC